AUGUCUAUGGAUGCUCCGAAGUCGGAAUGGAAAGGCCCUGCUAUCCGUGUCGGUGUGAUCGGUGGCUCAGGCCUCUACAAGUUGGAGGGCAUUGAAGUAGUCGAUGUUGUCCGCCCAUUGACGCCCUGGGGCUACCCCUCGUCUCCGAUCUCUAUUGUGCGGACAGAAAACGGCACCCAUGUUGCUUUCCUCGCUCGUCACGGUCUCACGCACUCGAUCCCGCCCUCGCGUGUGCCGUCGACUGCGAAUAUCGCGGCUCUUAAGUCACUAGGUGUUCGGGCCAUCCUUGCCUUUUCUGCUGUCGGCUCUCUUCGCGAGGAGAUCGCACCGAAGGACUUUGUCAUCCCAUCCCAGAUUAUUGAUCGUACCAAAGGUGUCCGUCGUGCUUCGUACUUUGGUGAGGGUGAGGAGUGCAACGUUGUUGCGCAUGCUUCGUUCGGUGACCCAUACGACAUUCACUUGCGUCCUAUUGUGGAGAACAUUGUCCGUGAAACAUUGGCCCAGCACGCGCCGAGUGUCAAGGUCCAUCCAGGCAAGACUGUGGUGUGCAUGGAGGGCCCUGCUUUCUCUACGCGAGCGGAGUCGAUCAUGUACCGUCAGCUGGGAGGCGAUAUUAUCAAUAUGUCGGCGCUUCCGGAGGCGAAGUUGGCGCGUGAGGCUGAGCUGAGCUACGUGCUUAUUGCAACGGCUACGGAUUACGACGCAUGGCGCGAGAGCUCGGAAACGGUGAGUGUGGCAGAGGUCAUUGAGAGUCUCAAGCAUAAUGUGGAAGCCUCGCAGGUCGUAACCAAGGCACUGGUGGACCGCGUGAGCGCGCUUGUCGAUGACGAUGACUCGCACAUUUUCAAGUCGAUGGAUGGUAGCAUGCGUUUCAGCGUGAUGACCAAGCCUGAACACAUUGACGACCACGUUAAAGAACGUCUGCGUUACCUGCUCCCCUGGUUCCCUCAUUAA